CGACGACCUCUUCGGCGGCGGCGAUGCGGCGGGGGGUGCGGGGCCGUGCGUGACGGCCCGGAUCGUGCGCGCGGAGGAGCAAGUGUCCUUGAUGAUGCAGCGCUUCACGGCCUACGUCAUCCAAAUCUCGGACUUUGGAAGGACCUCGGAGGUGCCGAAGCGAUUCAGCGAUUUUGAGGCCCUCCACCAGUCUCUUCUCAUGGAGAAUCCAGGGCUGCAGCUGCCGCCCAUGCCUCCCAAAGGGGGAAGCAGCACGGACUCGGCAGUGGUGGCGCAGCGCAAGGUCGACCUCGACAAGCUGCUCAGCGCCAUGCUGCGGCAGCCCGAGGUGCUGAUGGAGAAGCAGCUGUAUCUGUGGAAGUUCCUGGGCCUGCCCAACCCCGCCGUCAUCGCUGGCCGAUUCGUCACGGUGCCGCGGUCGAGGCCGAGCACGAUGAAGACGUUGUCGAAGUUGGUCACCGACCCGAAGUACAAGGACUGGCAGCCCGGGCGUAACCACCGCCGCCAGCCUUGGAGGCGCUUUCUCGCUUCGUUCUGCCAGUGGUAG